UUUCAUUGCCGUGUGGUCCAUCUCUACUUGAAAAGAGUCUUGGAUGUGUUUCCCAUAAUGCAUUGCGGUUUGCUUCCACUUCCUCUUUCCGCCAUAUUGCAGAACCGGCAUCAUGGUGCGCAUGAACGUUCUCGCGGAUGCCCUGAAAUGCAUCAACAAUGCUGAGAAGCGUGGGAAACGCCAGGUCCUCCUCAGGCCCUGCUCCAAGGUUAUUGUGCGCUUCCUGACCGUCAUGAUGAAGCACGGUUACAUUGGUGAGUUUGAGAUCAUUGACGACCACCGAGCUGGAAAAAUCGUUGUCAAUCUCACAGGCAGGCUGAACAAGUGUGGCGUGAUCAGUCCACGUUUUGAUCUCCAGCUCAAGGAUCUGGAGAAGUGGCAGAACAACCUGCUGCCAUCAAGACAGUUUGGAUACAUUGUCCUGACCACCUCAGCUGGCAUCAUGGACCACGAAGAGGCCAGACGGAAACACACAGGAGGCAAAAUCCUUGGAUUCUUUUUCUAAAAUGUAAAGAACUGCAAAUAAAAAAACACCAGAUGAAA